GUUGGCAUCUCUAGUAACGGAUGGGUUGAGAGACCAUAGCAGGAAAAUAAUAAACAAUUUCUAACAGUUUGAUCUCACAAAAAUCAUUAUUUUUAAAUAUAAAUACUAUAACACUUUGCUUAACUUUAAAAGUUAAGAAAAUAUUAUGGCCAAUAGUUACGAUAUACCAAGUUGGGCUGGUAAACCCCCCACCGGAUUGCAUUUGGAUGUCCUGAAAGAAGACAAGUUAGUGCAAAAACUAAUGGUGGAUGAGAAGCGAUGCUACCUCUUCGGUCGCAAUAGUCAAAUGAACGAUUUUUGCAUUGAUCACGCCUCCUGUUCUCGCGUGCAUGCCGCGUUCGUGUAUCAUAAGCACUUGAACAUUGCUUAUUUAGUAGAUUUGGGUUCAACCCAUGGCACAUUUAUUGGUACAUUACGUUUGGAACCUCACAAGCCAACACAGCUACAGAUUAAUAGCACGUUUCACUUUGGAGCUUCUACCCGACGCUAUAUUUUAAGAGAACGGCCAUCGGCUGGUCAACGCAAUAGCAUUAUGGAAGAUUUGCCCAUGAAUGAGACAAGUGAUGGAGCUUUGCUCGGUUUGCCUGAAAGUCAAACCGAAUUGGAUAAUCUUACCGAAUAUAACACUGCCCACAACCGACGUAUUUCUAUGUUAGGAAUUGCAGAUGACAAUCUGAGAAAACAAAACGCUGCAAAACAAAGUGGACGUAAGCGACGAAAUGUAACAUUUAACGAUGAAGAAAUAAUAAUAAACCCAGAAGAUGUUGAUCCAACUGUCGGACGUUUCCGUAAUUUAAUUCAAACAACAGUGGUGCCUGCGAAACGAGGUCGUUUUGAUUCUGGUAAUCAAAUGGGGAUCCAAACAUCGCCAAACAAUGGAAGCUUGUCUUCUAACAAUUCGACUAGUCAUCAUAUGUUCCAACAAAGUUUAGCUGACCUUAAACAACAAGUUGAUGCAGUACCAUUAUCGCCUAAUUCUCUCUAUCAAGGUCUUCCAGCUUCUAUACAUGACUCGCACCCAAAUCCAAGCUUAAAAUUUAACAACAGCAACUCAGAUUUUGAUAUUACACCCAUUGCUAUGGGCACUAAAUUGGGUUUAUUGUUGCCUAAUCCUGCGCCUGAUGUAACUCCAGUCAUUGAACCAUCACAUACUAAGUCAUUAGCCGGACACACAGCCUCACAAAAGCUGGGGCAAGUUAAUGCAAACAUACGUUUCGAUCCACAUGCCGUAGGUGGUGCAGGUUCAUCCGAAGGUGGUGUGCAUGGACCACAAAAGAAAAAAUAUGCCAAGGAGGCAUGGCCUGGUCGAAAGCCAAUGCUGGGUCAACUUUAAUUAUUUAUUUGUUAUAUGUAUGUACGCAAAAAAUGGAAAUCACCAUUUUUAGUCAAAAUAAAGAAUUAAGUUGGAAAAUAGGAAUUAUGUACAUA